CUCGCAGACAGGCACGCUCGGAGGAUCCUCCCUCCAAACCAGAUCAGCGAGGACCCCACCUCCAAACUGCCGAGCGAAAAAUCAACUGCAGUGAAAAAUCAACAGCAGCGCCCGCGGCCGCAGGCCCGCAGCCAUGGACCACCAGGGGCUAGCGCCGGCGCCGCUGGACCCGCAGUCCCCACCGAUCUCGGCGUCGGCGUCGGCCCCGGCCUCGCCGUACUCCGCGCUACACCCGCUCCUCUUGCCCUCCCCGAACCCGCACCUCCUCCUCAAGCCCAAGACGCUGACCCUCUCCCUCUCGUCCUCCUCCCUCACCUCCAUGGGCUCCUCCUCGCCACACGCCCCCGCUAACGAUGCCUGGGAGGUCGUCACUCCCACUGCCCCCCACGUGGACAGCGAGCUCGAUGACUGCACCAUCUUCCCGCCGCGGCUGCACGAGGGACUGGGCCUGGACGGCGAGCCCGAGGAGGUGCUGCUGCUGCCAGCGGCGGCGAAGGAGGCGGAAGAGGAGGAGGAGGGUGCGGAGGACGAUGAGUGGCUGUGGAGAUGGGGGUGGGAGAGGUGCCGCUUGGCAGCGAGGCGCGCUUGGACGGCCGGGGUUGGGACCGUCCAGGAGCGGGUGCUCGUGCACGGCGCGUGUGGGUGCCCGGCGGUGAGGCCCGCCGUGUGGUCGGCUGCGGCGGCAGCUGCUGUGGUGGGGGUGCUUCUGUACGCCCGUCGGCGGGAUAGGAGGGAACGGGACCUCCUCGUGCUUCUCUCCAAGGAGAAGGAUAAGAGGAUAGCACAACUGCUGCAUCAAAUUGCUUUAAUGAGUGACAUCAGAAACGGCAAUGAAGCAGUGAAGAUCAUCAGGAACUCCUAAUCAUUUUCGCUGUUUAAAGGUUCAGUUGCUAUGUUGUAGCAAACUGAUUAGGUAGUUAGAGAAUCAGACUAGUCGCUAGUCAGCGUGCAGGAUCAAUACUUGUAGCUAAAUGGUUGUUUAGCUGCAUGAUCCCCAUGGAUCUGAUGUUUACAUAUAACUAGAUUCUGAAACCUGCAAGGUUGCAACCCAGUCUCAAGCAAUCAAUAGUCACCACCUCAUCUCUGUUUCUUCUUCUUAAAAUAUGUGUAUAGCUGGGUGAUGAUUUGGUAAGCCGUAGAUAUGUAGAAACUGGUGUUGAUAUGGACAGCCCUGGACAAUGUUCUGUAUAUGCAACUUCCAUUUAUUGCAUUGUGAUUUUUAUUAUCCACUGAAUUCUGAUAUUUACGACCA